CACACAUUAGCGUCUCGAAGUCAUCCACCUCAUCCAGCUUCAAAUUUAUCCAGUGCUUGUUAAUUAAUGAGCCGGCGAGUCUAGUUGUGGUGCCUUUCUUCCCUCGCUCCCUCUGUUAAGCGGUGGACUCGCCUAGAUUGAUUUACAGGGUGUUACAGAAAGAUGUUUUUAAAUGGUCGCGGUGCUGAGGGCCCGCCACCCACCACUCCCCGCCUAGACUAACCCAGGGGCGUGUGCUGCUUCGCCUCCCCCCACCCUCCUUCAGCGCCUCUGCCCCAGGUGAGGACGCGAUCAUUGCUGCACAGGUGUUGGGAACCUCUACACAGCGCCAGAUUUUAUCCAGUGGUGCUCAUCACCCCUCCUGCCUACCCAGCACAAGAAACCUCAAAGGGGAGCCACUAUUUGCCAGGACGACCCGAUGAACAGCGACCCAGACUAAACCUGUGGGCGACGGCCAGAUAGACCUGAAUCAUGGCCAGCCUCAGACGGCAGAAGAAACACAGCGAGGAAGUGGCAGAGGCAGGCCCUGAGAGGUGUGAGGCCCAGCAGGCGCCACACACACACCGCCGCCGCCUGCGUCACCCCGCCACCACCAAGUACCACAGAGCCAAGCACAGACCCCCACCCCCCUCUCACAGACACUCGCCCCCUCCAACACUCCAGUCAGACGCCCCCCUCCCCGUCCGCCUCGCCUGCACCACGUCACCUUCACUCAGUCUGCUGUGGCGGCAGCCUGCUUCCCUGCCACAGAUGACUCUUUCACCGUUUGCCUUCUGCCUCCUCCUGGUGGGGUCUCUGGUGCCGCCCUCGGCCGCCAUCUGCCCCGGCAACUGUACUUGUGAUGUCGACUCCUUCGUGGUGCGGUGCAAGCCCUCCAACAUCGACGUGAUGCCCCUCACCUUCCACCCCAAGCUGCAGCAACUCACCAUGUACGGCACAGAGAUCCACACGCUGGACAUCAACUCUUUCACCUGGUACGAGGACCUCAGGCACGUCAAUCUCAGCAAAAACAUGAUAACUGAAGUGAUGCCAGACACUUUUAAGAAGCAAAAGUUCCUGGAGGAGCUUCACUUAGCACAGAACAAUAUCAGCAAACUAACGAAAGAAAUGUUUGUGGGACUCUCCAACCUCAUCGUGCUCUCCCUGCGGAGGAACAUCAUUGAAUCUCUGGGUGGGAAAGUGUUCAUGCAUCUGAGGCAUCUACAGGAUCUAGACCUCUCAGAAAACAGAAUAGAGAAACUAGAAGAGAGAGCACUGAUGGGACUGUCCAACCUGAGAGUGCUGCACCUGCGGGACAACAAGCUGACGGCUGUGCCAGCAUCAAACCUUGCCCUGGUGCCUGACCUGGCGGAGCUCAGCCUGGGCACCAACUUUUUCACAACAAUAAAGCAAGAUGACUUCAAGUACACAACAGGUCUGAAGAGUCUGGACUUGUCAGGAGCCACUCUGAAUGAAGGACUCAGCAUAGAGUCCUUCAAGAGUCUCUCCAGCCUGCGAAAGUUGAACAUGGAGAGUUGCGGGCUGAGAGCAAUUCCCAGCGCUGCUCUGAGCACCCUGACCAGCCUGGAGGAGCUGCACAUUGGCAAAAACCCCUUCGCCACGCUGCCAUCGGACGUGUUCCGCUACAACCACAACUUGCACUCCCUUUACAUCUCGGGGUGCCCUGAGCUCGUCCACAUUGAAAAGCAUGUUCUGCAAGCCAACCUGAAUAUCAAGCAGGUGAUAAUUACCCAGAAUCCUCAGCUGACAUACAUUGCCCAAGACGCACUGCGGCUGCUGCCUGAGCUGAGCGUGCUGGACCUGCGCUACAACAACCUGCAGCAAGUCAGCGAGCAUGCGGCAACCUGGUCAGACAUCAAGCACUGGUACCUGGAGGGGAACCCCAUCGCAUGCAACUGUUCUGCCGCCUGGCUGCGUACUCUGCUCAUAGACGCCAACUCCAGUGCAAGUCUGAAGUGUGCCUCCCCCAAACGCCUGGCAGGCACGGCACUGCGCUCCACCGAGAUCAGCGACCUGGCCUGCGGCAUGGACUCCGCAACGCAGGGGCUGGUCAUCGGCCUGGUCAUCUGCUUCCUGGUGGUGAUGAUCGCUGCAGUGGUGGUGGUGAUGCUGUACCGCCACCACGACUCAUGCGUGCACCGGCUCCUCAAGGGACACCACAUAGGGGGACACGGGAGUCAGUGCGACCACCCCUACUCCCACAGGUACCACCCGGCCUACACCGUGACGCCCACCAAGCCCGUGCCUGUGACUGAACUCUAGCAGUCAGCCCGAUACUGAGCCUAAGACUUGAAUCACCGCGGGCGCUGCCCACACCGUGAUCACCUUGACAGUCGUGCAGUGAGGGUAUUGAAACGUGGAUAGUUUGCAGAAACUGUGGAUUGGAAAGUGCUUACUGAGAUAGAGAGUCUUACUUUUAGCCUGUGUGAAAACGUGGCUAUAACGUAGAAAUGAACAUAAGUGCAUUUAGCAUGCAUUAUAAUAUUUCUUAAUGGAAGUUGUGUUAAUUGUUCUUCUUUGCAGUGCCUGUCUUCCAUAUCUUUGGAGACUCAUGCCUUUAUAUCCUUUUGACUUUCCAGUUGCCUCUGUACAGUUAUCCAGAUUUAUACCCAAGCCGGUGGUCAAGUCUCAGUGUUGAGAAGCACACUAAGAAAAAGGCUAAGUUAAAUUCUUAGUGAGAUACAUCAUAUAAAUCCCAUUGUGAUACUGUUUACAUGGAAGAAGGAAACCAGAACAAUGUGACUUCCUUAACAUUAAUCUAGUCUUUGUUAUUUCUCUCAUGAAAGGUGUACAUUGCCUUAUCAAAGACUGAACAUUUUCUUGUAUUCCCUAAGUCCCUGUGAUAGACCUAUCAUACAUGCUCUUUCUAAGAAUGUUUCAAGUAUUGUAGGAUUUUUAAUGUUUUAUGUGAGUAUACAGUAAAAUUAUAGACUGUGAUCAUAUUUCCCACUUGUAGUAUGAAGUUUUUCGGGGAGCGGACUACAUUUAUUACCGAAUUAGCAAUAAUGAGUAUCUUAAUUUAUGUACAUUUAUAAUUAGGAUUCUGGAAAUAUUUCUGAGAAAAAUCACUCCUUGCAAGAUACCAGACAUUGCUGAGCAUGUAGUUGAUGUAGGUGGUUGGUUGUCAGGCUUACCAAAUUCUAGUAAGGACCAGCAGCAGAAGCUGGAAGUACAACUGCUGGAGCAUAAGCUCUUUUCAUGUUAUUUAUGUAAACUUAGCAGUUUUCAAAUCCCCAUUCUUUUCUUCAUUCAUAAAGAAAGAAGGAAAGCUAUAAGCAAUACCAAAGGCUUUAAAAUAAUCACGACAUUAAGUAAUAUCACACUCCUUCAAAAUAUUUACAGCAUCCUCGUCGUAGCACGUGUUUAUUAUUUACUAUUCAGUGCUCUUGCUUUUUCAAAUAUUUAGCAUAUUUUUGGAAGUAUGAUACAUGUUCAGGAGCAAGUCUUAGAGGACAUACUCAGCAGGAGACUGUGAUGCUUCCUUGCUUCUCUGCUCACUAGAGUUGAUGUGGAGGCCGAGACAGUGUUAAACUAAGGUCUUGUGAACUUAGAACCUAUUUGGUCACAUGCAAGGUCAAAUAUAAUUUAGUAAGCCAGUGGCCCUCACAUCCCUACUAGUUAAAGAGGUACAAACUUUAUAUACUAUGACUGUAUAUAUUCACACUGCAUUUUCACCCUUGUGUUGAUUAGAACACUUAUAUUUUUUUUUGACAUUUUUCUAGGCCCAUAUUUAUCAUAGCCUAUGGACACGCUCAGGAGGCUUGCAAACUCAUGAACUACGUAAGUAGACAGUUCUCAGAUCUUUUAAAUUUCGUAGGAGCUGCUUGUCACGCUUGUGAACUGCUGCCCCUGACCACUUGUAGGGUGUCGUGAACCGAGGUAAUGAUGUCGUUUGCAGCGCUAUCCUUAACAGAUUUUAUAAGCAGUGAGAUCAGUGACCACACAUGAUAAAGUAGUCCUGCCCCUCUGGUAAUGAAAGUUCCCUGCACUGUAAGGUGUCUUGCCGCAUGUGAAGAUGCAACACCACAACACUGGUGAGUGAUGACUUGGGCUCACCACACCCAGCACUCACCAUAGUAUGCCAAUGUGAUAAUGUCAAACACCCACUAGUUUACCCCUGUAAUAGUUACUUGCUUACUUUAUCACUUUUCUUUAAUGAGAUGCCGUACUGUGCUUCAGUGUGGAGUGUUUAGGUGGGCUUCACUCGUGAUUCAUUUUGGGGCGUAAGUAAUGUUCAAGAUGAGUGCGCUCACGAAAGACUGCUGUGACAUGGGAACGUGUAGGCGCAUGAGACUGCAAGCUGUCAGUGGCUUGUAAGAAAAUGAGAUUCUUUUCUAUGCAUCAGAUAUCAAUAAUUGUUUGUGCUUAAGUAAAGUGAUGCUGUUCAAAAAUAUAGUGAUCAUAUCCAUAUUAUAUUUAGCUGAUUUUUAGUGAUAGCUUGAACAUGACUGCAAGACUUUUGUUAGGAACUCUCAGGGUACUUCUUGAGCAGGGAACAGUCCUCAAGGCAGUGAACAGACCUGUAUACUACUGAAGGGCUUAUGAUAAAUAUGGUCCCUGACCAUAAUGAAAAUAAGUUAGGUAAAUACUUAUUCAUUAUACAAAAAGCUCAUCUCUUCAAACUAUCAUAGAAAGUUUAAUUGAGAAGCUUUAUUUGUGAUGUGUGCCGAGCUUGGGCUGCCUGAGAGUGCUGGACGCAGUGGUGUGCACCAAGUCAGUGUCUGUGGGUGCUGCAUCUCCUCCUUUACAUGAGCCUUAACAUUUUUUGUACUCAGACUACAUUGUAGGUGGUAGACAGUGGCUUGGCAAGCCUCACAGUGGAGUAUCCUUGAGAAGCAACAGUAGAGUGGAUGUGUCUUUGACAAUUCUUAUCUCCAAAAGAUACAGGCAGAUCUGAUUUGUUGAAAACAUCAAGUUUUGUUAAAUAUUCUAUACAGAGCUGCUUUGAAGAAAACUCAUUAGUAUGAACUGUCUUGCUCAAAUUAUUUGAGAUGGCUUUGCAAAUUGUAUUCUAUUAUAUUAUGAAAUGCACAGGUAUAAAUAAUAUUACAGUGCACAUGCAUGACAUGUACAUGCACCACACACACACACACACACACACACACACACACACACACACACACACACACACACACACACACACACACACACACACACACACACACACACACACACACACACUGGCACAGUGUUUUCCUCUGUAAUCAUAUAACAAAGUGUACAUAAAGUAUAUUGACAAACUCUGCACUCCAGGACUCAGUAUUGGAGGUUUGUAGUCUAAAGAGAUGAGUCAUUACUGUACAUGCAUUAGUAAGUGCUUUCCUGCAGCACACUUCACUCACUACUCACUCACUUCACUAACCAGAUAGUCUGAGAUAAUCAUUAACUUGUGUGAGUCAACAUGAAUAUAGAUAUUGAAUAAUAAUCACACUUUACCUUUGUCAAUACUGUAUAGUGUUUGACAUGCAGUGAGCAAAUGUCUGAGCUUUUCCACUACUACUGUCAUGAUCAACAUUGUAUGGACAUCCAGCAGCACAGAACCACACGUCCCGUGCGUCGCCCGCCACUCCCGGACAAUAGACUGCCCUGGCUUACUGAAUAUUGCACUAGCAUCACCAACUUGUCUCACCCUACAAAAGUAAGAAUUUCAGAAAUAUGCUACAUUAUUAUGACACUUGAAAUACAGUAAUUCUAUCAGGCCAAACCAAAGAUGUGCUUUUGUGUUCUAUGCAACUCUGGUAGAUGUAGUCAGAUUUGGUCAGCCAUCACUUGACGAGUUAUGCAAAUAGAUAAGGCACUGUGUAAUCCUUUGGGCUAGCCUGCAGACUUGUCUAGAAAUGGUUUCUUUCUUUGUGUUCACUGAACAUUAUUCUAUUGGUAUCAAAGGAUCAUUUAUACAUUCCUGCUGUAGAUGUUAAAUAUUUUUCACAGCCAUGGAGUAUUAAUUUAAAAACUACAAAAUUAAUUCAAAUUAUGGCUUGAAUUCUUUGUAGUACAUAUAUGUAAAGUGAGCCAAUCUAUUGUAUCUAGUUCAGUCAUUUAUACUUCACUUUUAAUAUUAGUCUUAAAAUUAGAAGUUCAAUAUACUGUACCUUUCUCAUAUUUCUAAAGGAACUUCCCAAGAAGUAUGAAACUAUACCUAGACUGCUUCAUUUCUCAAAUUAAUGUAAACAAUUCAUUGAUACAGAAAUCACUUGAAAUGUGUAAUGUUACCAGUCGGCAUUCUUUAGGGAUGCACCAGCACCAGCAUGAGUGUGACCUGUGGUGGGACUUGACUGAGGCUCCAAUUUGACAAGCAGUGGCUGCAAGAAAAAUCAUAGAAUAUCAUAAAAUCUACAAACCAAAGGACUCUGAAAAGCCCUGUUUGUUCUGUGGAUUCUCUCUCUCUCUCUCUCUCUCUCUCUCUCUCUCUCUCUCUCUCUCUCUCUCUCUCUCUCUCUCUCUCUCUCUCUCUCUCUCUCUCUCUCUCUCUCUCUCUCUCUCUCUUCCCCCCACUCCACAGCAGGAUAGGACCACGUGUCACACCUGAACAGUCAUUUAUAUUACACUUCACGUUGUGGUCAGCGUACUUGGACAUCAUAUUCCAUCAGUGAAUAUGAGAGUAGUUUUUCUUUGUGAUGCAUAAUAUAGUUUGCAACGAAUUAGUCACUUGUAUUGCAGACAUUUAGUGGCAGACAGUUUGAGGCUAAGGUCUGGUGCAUCCCUAAAACUCUUCAUCAUGCACUUUGCUACACACAAAAGGCUUUAUACCAUUCAUGGUGGAAGAUCCUUUACGAUGGAAUGUAUCAUAUUUAUCACGCACCUCUUGUAAGAAAUAUAAAGUUUUCAUACCCUUUA